AUGUCGCCCAGAGGUAGAGGACGUGGAAGGGGUGCUCCACUCAACCCACCUGCCACCAUCGAACAGCUACUGGCAGUCCAGACGCAGCUCAUGGAAGCCCUGGUGAACAACCAACAGAAUCAUCCAAUCGGAGGGGCACCACCACGUGUUAAGCGGGGCGAAUUCUCGAAAGGCCACCCCCCUAUGUUCGCACAUGCCAUUGACCCACUAGAGGCAGAUGACUGGCUUCGUGCAGUGGAGAAGCAAUUCAACAUAGCACAGUGUGAUGAUAGGCAGAAGGUGUUGUUCUUAUCUGGACAACUCCAGGGAGAUGCUCAGACAUGGUCUUACCACAUACUAGAAGGGCUAAUAGAACUGAAGGCAGAGGAGUUCCGGAGCUUGAAGCAGGGAUCUAUAAUAGUUCCGGAGUACCGGGACAAGUUUGCUCAGCUGUCACGCUAUGCUCCAAACGAGGUGGCUAACGAUGCUGAUAAACAGCGCCUCUUUCUGAAGGGAUUGUAUGAUGGUCUCCAACUCCAACUAAUGUCCAAUGAAUACCCCAACUAUCAUACGCUUGUGAACCGUGCUAUUGUAGUGGAUAACAAGCGUAAGGAGAUGGAUGCUAAAAGGAAGCGGAUGCAGGGACAGGCCUCUGGAAGUAAUUCUCGUCCACGCACCAACCAGCAGCAAGGUUCUCAGCAAAGGUACCAAGGACCACCUUCACAGUGGAAUCGUGGUCAGUACCCCCAGCGCAAUCAGUUUCAGCAGCACCUGCAGAACCAGUAG